AAUAUGAAGGGAUGGAAUCAGGGAUGGAUGAUGGUUUUCAGAUGGUCGCAAGGGUUGCUGUUCCACCAGGCGAUGGUGGACUGCGCCCGAGCCGCGAUUUUAUUGCCCCUAGGGUCGAGCAUACUCAACUGUCAGCCGAUGACCAAGUGUUCCCUGGUCGAGACAGCGUUUCUACUGUUGGUGACAGUCUCGACGGUGAACAUGUUGACGACAGUGCUGAACGACAGCCCGAUCUUCCCUGAGACCGACGAGGAAGCAGAUCUCGCCGCCCCUUUGCUCAUGGACUCACCGCAGUGUGUUUUGUUUGGAACGUUCAUGAUAUGGUUUGCGAGCAUCACGAUUAACCUGGGGCCUACAUUUUUGAGUGGAGCCCUGGCUGCGAACACCGAAUCAGGCCACAACGCACCAAGCUGUCCCUUGGUCCAUGGCCCAUUCCGCCAUUACAUAUUAAACGUCCUAUGGAUCGCAAUAAACAUGAUCUGCGUGGGACUCACUUUGGUGCACCUGAGAAAGCUUCACAAAGACCUCACCAAGGCGAACGUCGAAGCUGUAAAGGUAGCACUACUAACGAUUCUCGUGAAUACGACGGGUAGUCAGCAAACGAACCCAGUUCCUGAAAAUUCCGCCGCAUCCACGAACGGCACGCCUAAGAGGAGCGGGGCGGCGGAGGAGCACCGGAAGAUGAGGAACUACUUGAAACGGAUGGAAAGGGAGGGCGUGCAGAGGGUGAAGAUGUUUCUGGUGAUCACGGCCGCAUACGGGAUCUUUUGGGGACCACUGUUCUUCGUCACGUUGGUGGAUCAUCCCAUCAUCGGGAAUCCCACCGGUUACGAGGUAAUUCGCGAGACACACACUCCCACCCCGGCCUAACGAUUUCCCUAGAGCUUAUCGCAUGCGGCACCGUUCAACAGAGUUAAACUCGUCCCUGUUAUCAGCAGAUCCUCACGCGCAAUCAGAUUUUAUUUAAACUUCGUUUUAAAUGCAAAUUACUAUUAUCGAAAUAAAUUUCGCCCAACAGACUGUUCUCCAAUUUAUAGUAUAGCCGGAUCCAUUUUGCGAUCUUGUAAUAUUCGCAUUUCAUUAUUUUCGGAAUAUUGUCUUCCACGUAUUAAAUUACCUGAUAAAUCUACAGAUUUAUCAGAAAUCUG